UAUCGAGCCGCAUUUUGAAUUUCUUCAUAAACGAGCCAAUUUACCUUAUAAGAAGUAAUCGUUCGAGCUGAUAUCAAACAGCGGGGAAAACCACUUUGGUGAAAGUGCCCACGAACCAUUCCAUUACCAUUGGCUCAAACAGCACUAAGAUACACAUGCGCACUAGUUGAAAAACUCUUGGUAUAAAUAUAAACUGAAACGGCCGUCACUUCUUGGCUAGUGUCCGAAGAAUCAGCAUGGCAUCUAGAAAUCUGUGGCUAUGUUGCUUUCUUUUAGUAGGCUUAGUGUAUGCACAAGAAGAUGAAGCGGAUACAGGACCGAGCGCAGAAGAACUUUGUGAAAAUAGACCCGCAGAUGAAUAUUUUCGACUUUCAACAGACGGAGAUUGCAGAGAUGUAGUCCGGUGUGAUCAAAAUAGUGACAAUAAUGGCGCCACACGAUUGGCGUCGGUACGUUGCCCCAUAGGUCUUGCAUUUGACAUCGAUCGUCAAACAUGUGAUUGGAAAACAAAUGUGAAAAACUGUGAUAAAAUAGAGAAACCGAGAAAAGCUCUGCCUAAACUGAAAACAGAUGAACCACUUUGCUCAGAGGGUAAACUAGCCUGUGGAAAUGGAGAGUGUAUUGACAAAGAACUGUUUUGUAACGACAAGCCUGAUUGCACGGAUGAGUCAGACGAAAACUCUUGCACUGUUGAAACAGACCCUAACCGCGCUCCCGACUGCGACCCAACUCAAUGUGUCCUUCCCGACUGUUUCUGUUCAGCUGACGGAACGAGAAUUCCAGGGGGACUUGAGCCCUCCAACGUUCCUCAAAUGAUCACACUAACAUUCAACGGAGCAGUUAACGUUGACAACAUUGACCUCUACGAAGACAUUUUCAACGGUGCCCGUACCAACCCCAACGGAUGUCAGAUUCGCGGUACAUUCUUCGUCUCCCAUAAAUACACCAACUACUCAGCAAUACAAGAUUUGCACAGGAAAGGACAUGAAAUCGGAGUAUUUUCAAUAACGCACAAGGACGAUCCGAAUUACUGGAGCAAGGGAUCAUACGAUGACUGGUUAGCUGAAAUGGCAGGCGCUCGUCUUAUCGUCGAAAGAUUCGCAAAUAUCACCGACGGAUCUAUUAUUGGAAUACGAGCACCCUAUUUGCGAGUUGGUGGAAACAAACAAUUCGAAAUGAUGAGCGAUCAAUUCUUUGUAUAUGACGCAUCCAUCACUGCAUCUCUCAGUCGUGUACCAAUCUGGCCUUACACUUUGUACUUCAGAAUGCCCCACAAAUGUAACGGUAACGCACACAACUGUCCCAGCAGAAGCCACCCCGUCUGGGAAAUGGUAAUGAACGAACUUGACAGGCGUGAUGAUCCAACAUUCGACGAAUCUCUUCCCGGUUGUCACAUGGUAGACUCCUGUUCUAACAUCCAAACUGGAGAACAAUUCGCCCGUCUCUUGAGACACAACUUCAAUCGUCACUUCAACAGCAACCGUGCUCCACUUGGUCUCCACUUCCACGCCUCCUGGUUGAAGAGCAAAAAGGAAUUCAAAGAGGAACUCAUCAAAUUCAUUGAAGAAAUGCUUGGCAGAAAUGACGUUUACUUCGUAACGAUGUUACAAGUUAUCCAGUGGAUGCAAACACCAACAGAUUUGUCAGGAUUAAGAGAUUUCCAGGAAUGGAAGGAAAAAUGUGAUAUCAAGGGACAACCUUACUGUUCACUACCAAACGCCUGCGCCUUGAAUACCAGAGAAUUGCCCGGAGAAACCCUACGAUUGUUCACGUGUAUGGAAUGCCCCAACAACUACCCAUGGCUAUUAGACCCAACCGGGGACGGUUUUAAUCUUAAAAAGUAAACAUAAACCAAUUUGAAUUGUUAGGGUUUUCAAAGACUUUGUACAUAGUUAAAAAAAGAACAUUAAACCUUAUUUAUGCCGCUGUAAUUUUACAAGACUCUUCAAAAUUGUUGUGUGUACUUUUGUUUAUAAGUAAGGUCGUUAUAUAAGUAAUAAAUAUUUUUAAUAAAACAA